AUUGUUUGCUUUCAGGAAGUUAGUGGUGUAGUCUGCUGAGUUGCAGCUCUGACAAAGUGGAGGGUGUCAAGUUUGAAACGUCUUUUAUGUCUGAACGGGCCUCUCUCUUUUUGACAUCAAUUGGUUUGCUUGGAGAAUACUGUCCUACGUCUAGAAAAAAGAACAGACAUACAUCACACAAAGUUGGCUGCAUGCAUGUUGAGUUAGCUGAGGCAAAUAAUACACACUGUUCUGGUUGCCAGUUUAUGCGACCUUUUCCAAUUGCUGGGAACUUGUUUGGUAAAGGAGGAUUUCACACCAAAAGAGAAGCUGCUGCUGUCUUUUGCCCUUUCUGAUUAAUUUGAUUUGUUGCUCUUAAACAGUUGAAUUAAAAUGGCUUUGCAAAAUAUUGGUGCUUCGAACAGUGAUGAUGCCUUUUAUAGGUAUAAGAUGCCAAAAAUGAUCACCAAGAUUGAAGGAAGAGGCAAUGGCAUCAAGACCAAUGUGGUUAACAUGGUUGAGAUUGCUAAGGCCUUGGCUAGACCUGCAUCUUACACUACCAAGUAUUUUGGAAAUGAGCUUGGAGCACAGUCCAAAUUUGAUGAGAAGACUGGAACUUCACUUGUGAAUGGGGCCCAUGAUACUGCAAAGCUUGCUGGGCUUCUUGAGAACUUCAUUAAGAAAUACGUGCAGUGCUAUGGAUGUGGUAACCCAGAGACUGAUAUAGUCAUUAGUAAGACACAGAUGGUCCAACUGAAAUGUGCUGCAUGUGGGUUUGUCUCAGAUGUUGAUAUGAGGGAUAAGCUUACAACGUUUAUUAUUAAGAAUCCCCCAGAGCAAAAAAAAUCAUCAAAGGACAAGAAAGCAAUGAGGAGAGCUGAGAAGGAACGGCUCAAGGAGGGUGAGGCUGCAGAUGAGGAGAUGAAGAAGCUUAAAAAAGAAACAGGAAAGAAAAAGGGUUCUGCUGCUUCAAAGGAUGUUGCUGCCAAAGGUGCAUCAACCAAGAAAAAAGCCCAUGCUUCUGAUGAGGAUCAUUCUCCCCCUCGCAGCCAGGCUGAUGACAAUGAACAAGCAGCUUCGGAUGACGACGACGACGACGUUCAGUGGCAAACGGAUACUUCAUUAGAGGCAGCUAAGCAGCGUAUCCAGGAGCAAUUGAGUGCUGUUACUGCAGAUAUGGUUAUGCUUUCUACCAGUGAAGAGAAGAAGUCAGUGAAGAAAUCUCCGGAGCGUGAGAGAAAGGUACAUGAGAAUGGAACAAAUGGUACUAAUACCCAUGAAAGGCUUGUCAAUGAGAUAAAGGAAUGCCUGAAGAAGGGCUCUUCUGCUAGCCAACUUAAAUCGUUCCUGAGUAGACUCACUGGGACUCCACAAGAAAUCAUGAAUGCCUUGUUUGCAGCUCUCUUUGAUGGUGUUAAGAAGGGAUUCGCUAAAGAGGUGUUGAAAAAGAACUACCUGGCAGCUGCAACCCAAGAGGAGGGAUCCCAGAUGAUUCUUCUGCACUCUAUUGAGUCUUUCUUUGGAAAGGCAAAUCCUGAGGUGGUGAAGGAGGUAGCAUUGGUUCUCAAAGCGCUGUAUGAUAACGAUGUGCUGGAAGAGGAGUUUAUACUAGAGUGGUACCAGCAGGGCCUGAGUGGUGGCAAUAAAAACUCUCUGGUUUGGAAGAAUUCGAAGCCAUUUAUUGAGUGGCUUCAGAGUGCCGAGUCCGAAUCCGAAGAGGAAUGAUUAUGAUAGCAGAAUUUAAUUGUUCGUGUGUAAUUUGCUUUUUCUUUUGCUUUGUCAUGGUGUGAAAUAAGUUUGCGAACAUUGAGCAGACUCCUCUUCCUGCUGGUUAGUGGUUAUUUUAUAUUGCUAUAUAGCCAUUAUCAUUGUAUGUGGUCAAGUUUGUUGAGCUCAGUCGCAGUCUGUUUCUGUUUAAGUGGGAUUAUCUAAUUAGAUUGUGUUUGUUAUUUUGAUUUCCUUUUUUUA